CUAGUUUUUUUCAUUUUUAAUUGAUUGAUUGUAAGAUCCAUCUUAUCAUGUUUAGAAUAUAAGAAUCAUCAAACUUAAUCUACAAAAGGUAUUUAAAUAUUAAUUGAUAAAUAAGUACCAUUAGUUUAAUAUCAUAUGACGACUAGAUCAAAGAAAUAAAUACGUUUGAUUUUCAUCAUCUCUUUUUUAAUGAGUCAAUCAUUUGUUUUUAUGUCCUAAAAUUUAUAAAUGUGAUCUCAACAUUUCUUGCAAUGGUACUCAAGAACUCACCUAAUAACCUUUCUUUAGGUCUUAUAGAUCAUUUACUUAUGCCUAAUAGAACUACAAUGUGUUCUCUAGUGGUAAACUUCAUACAUUAGUUAGAUAAGUAUAAUAUCUUUAUACAAAUAAUAUAUUAUAAAAUUAUGACAAUGUUUAAAAUAUAAUAUAAUAAUUGAUAAAUAUAUAUAAAGUCAUUUUAAAGCAUUCCUUGGGAAUAUUGAUUCUCAUCGAUGGUUGAACUUGAAUCUGUUUGAGUAUUUUCUUGUCUUCUGUUGUUAAGUCUGGGUUUUAGCCAAGUACAAGUACAAACAUCUUUCUUAUCAACUGAAAAUGUUAAAUGUGAAUGCAAGUUAUGCACUAAAGUGGUAAACAUCAAGAUAUGGUUCUUUAUGAUCAUUGUCCAUGAGACAUGUAUGCAAAGUAUAUUUUGCUAGAGUGAUAUCAUGAAUUCAUGUUGGAUGCACAGUUUUCUUUUGUUGGCUUUAGUAUAUUUAUAAUACAAUUACUUGUACUUGUAUGAGGUGCAUCUAAUAAUACGUCUGUUGGAGUUAUUCUACUGAUUUCCAUUUCGAGACCAUCACACAGGUACGGGAAAGUUGCAUGUGUGCCACAGAAGGCAGUAGAUCAAUGCUUAUGAAUCCAGGUAUGAUAAUAUUAAAUCCACUGCUCACAAUGUGUUUUUACUCAGUAGCAAAGGGUGACUAUAACUAUGUAUUCCAAGAACACAGCAACACCAUGACACAUCUGCAGAAAAAGUUUUAAAGAUUUUUGUACUUUGCUGCAAGAUGACAGAGUAGCUGAAACAAAAUGGCUUAGAGAACUUACAACUGUUAGCAACAGGGGAAGAAGUGUUAAGUGGAUUGGACUUAAGAUGCACAGUUCUCAAUCUUUUGUUAGGGUGAACAGGAUUUAUACCCAAAGAAAGAUUUCUAGCUGUACUCUUAAGAGAGGAUGGGAAGCACACACCCAAAGGAUAAGAAGCUUUUUAAUGGAAAUAAGAAUGUCAUCCAAAGCGAUCUCUAGAUCAACCUUUAUUGUACUGCCUGAGUCAAUAUGGUUUGGGUGAUACUUAUUGGUCUAACUGGCAAUUGAGAUGUGGAUUGUUCGGAGUCCUUGUAGGCAUGCUCUAACGUAUUGUGUCGGUAUAUCGGUAUAGAUUGGUAUGUAUCGAUUCGAUAAAUCUGGAGACGGGUCUAGCCCAUGAAAUGAUGAACCUUGAUUGAGAUUUUAUGAUUUUGUUAUUAUUGUCAAAUAAUAUCUUUGUUCAUUGUCCACCUACUUAGUUUUGAAUUCAUGAUUCAAUCCAUGAAAUUGACCUGGCUCAACCAUCUUGACUUAACCUCGGGCCAAGCUAUUGGAUCAGGUCCGAAUCAGCAGCCCAAUCUAUUUGUAGGCCUGACAGCAUUGAUUCUUCGUCCAUCUCCUUAGAUCCAAUAGCUGAAAGGCACAUGCAAGAGCAUCAAGAACUAUAAAUGCGAAUGCUGCACCCAACUAAGAUGGAUUGGGAAAUCAAGUGUUAUUGGAAUGCGCACUCAGUGGGAGGGCAGAAGAAGAAGCUGACUUUUCCUCAAGCUGGACCAGAAUCUAACCGGGAAAGACAUGGCCAUACAACAAAGACAUGUAGUAGUACUGUGGCAUCUGCUUGUCCCAAAAGCCAUUCUUUCCAAUGCCAAAGUGCGACAACAAAGUCAAAAAAGUGAUUUUGAAUGCUCUGGAGCUUUAAGCGCAUCUGAUACGAACGCACUCAAUCAAGAAUUACUGUCAUAUGUCAUCAUCCAGGAGAGAGAGAGAGAGAGACUUAUAUGGUGCUAAUUUAACCGAACCGUUGGUAUGGCAUAUCAUUGGCACUACAGACACACGUCAAUGCUACGAUACGUGGAGCACUACAAACAUCUUGUUAAACACCACAAACUUAGUCUGAAGCUAAACCACAGAGAUCAUCAUGUGUGUGUCUCACAAAGAGAGAGAGAGAGAGAGAGAGUAAUUUGGGGCAGGUAAUUCUCCGCAAAAGCAGCGCUGGUGACUUCUAUAAUUUGGUUGCUUAGACCGAAUCCAUACAUGCCGAGCCUCUAGAUAAAGACCAGGAAAACAAGAAACACAACAAAAGCAGUGUGUCAAAGGAGAGAAGCAUUGAAAGCAGCCGUGAUCUACGUUCUCCUUCAUCUCAGGUAACCAAACCAUUGCAAGCCGAGGCUCUUCUCCAUGUUCACUACGCUUCCUGUCAUGAACGCAGGGUGUGUGCAGAAGAGAGAUCGGAGGACCGAAGAGAAGGUGGUGGACACGCAGCUUGUUCAGGUCUGAUGGCCAGAGACAACAAUGGGUCUCCCAAGAUCCAUCAGCUGGAUUCGAACAGAUGGAGCGUCACCUACGUCUUGGUCGUCGUCGGUCUCUGCAUCACGUUCUACAUCCUUGGAGCUUGGCAGAACACCACUCCGCCCACCCUCGACCCCACCUCCAACCUGGCCACCAAUGCCGGAUGCGACUGUCCCUGUCUGCGCCCCGGUGGCUCGUCAUCCACCAAUGCGGUUCUCGAUUUCGACGCUCACCACGAGUCGAACCUCAACGUGACGCCGGCGACGAACGACAAGUUUCCGCCUUGUGACCUAAACUUCAGCGAGUACACGCCUUGCCACGAUCGAACCAGGGGAAGGAGGUUCGAGAGGGCGAUGCUGGUGUACCGGGAGCGGCACUGCCCCGGCAACGACGAGCUCAUCCGGUGUCUCAUCCCUGCUCCGCCCAAGUACAAGACGCCAUUCAAGUGGCCGCAGAGCAGAGACUACGCCUGGUACGACAACAUCCCCCACAAGGAGCUCAGCAUCGAGAAGGCCGUGCAGAACUGGAUCCAGGUGGACGGCGACCGGUUCAGGUUCCCCGGCGGCGGCACCAUGUUCCCACGCGGUGCCGACGCUUACAUCGACGACAUAAAUGCGCUCAUCUCCCUGACCGACGGCAGCAUCAGGACCGCCAUCGACACGGGUUGCGGAGUCGCCAGUUGGGGUGCUUAUCUUUUGAGGAGGGACAUCGUGACGAUGUCGUUCGCCCCGAGAGACACACAUGAAGCGCAGGUGCAGUUCGCUCUGGAGCGCGGAGUUCCGGCCAUGAUCGGAGUUAUGGCCACGCAGAGGCUGCCGUAUCCCGCUCGAGCUUUCGACAUGGCUCACUGUUCCCGGUGUCUGAUUCCUUGGCACGCUUUCGAUGGUCUGUAUCUGAUCGAGGUGGAUCGAGUUCUAAGACCAGGAGGGUUCUGGAUUCUGUCCGGUCCUCCAAUCCACUGGAAGAAGUACUACCAAGGCUGGGAAAGAACUCAAGAAGACCUCAAGAACGAGCAGGACUCGAUCGAGGAAGUCGCGAAGCGGCUGUGCUGGAAGAAAUAUAUCGAGAAGGAGGAUCUCGCGAUCUGGCAGAAGCCAUUCAACCACAUGGAAUGCAUCGAAAGCCGAAAGAUCUACGAGACGACGCCCCAGAUUUGCAAGAAGGACAACGCCGAUGCUGGCUGGUACAAGAAGAUGGAGGCCUGCAUAACCCCACUGCCGGAGGUGAGCAGCCCAGAUGAAGUCGCAGGCGAGGUGCUCGAGAAAUGGCCCGAGAGGGCAUUCGCCGUCCCGCCGAGAAUAAGCAGGGGCACAAUCCCCGGGCUGGACUCCAGGAAAUUCGAAGAAGACAACGCGAUGUGGAAGGAGCGGGUGACACACUACAAGAAGAUCAUCCUGCCGUUGCCCAAAGGGCGGUACCGGAACGUGAUGGACAUGAACGCCAACUUGGGUGGAUUCGCGGCGGCUCUGGUGAAGUAUCCCGUGUGGGUGAUGAACGUGGUGCCUGCAAGCUCCAACCAAGACACCCUCGGCGUCAUCUACGAGCGGGGAUUCAUCGGAACGUAUCAGGACUGGUGUGAGGCCUUCUCCACUUAUCCUCGGACGUACGACCUCAUCCACGCCGACGGUGUCUUCAGCAUCUAUCAGGACAGGUGCGACAUUACCUACAUCCUCCUGGAGAUGGACAGGAUACUGAGGCCGGAGGGGACGGUGAUCGUUCGCGACACGGUGGAGGUGCUCACCAAGGUGCAGGCGAUCACAGAUGGGAUGAGAUGGAACAACCAGAUCAUCGACCAUGAAAGCGGACCUUUCAACCCGGAGAAGAUACUCGUGGCGGUCAAGACUUACUGGACUGCUGACCCCUCCACGCAGCAGUAGCUGCCGGGAGAUCUUUCCUUUGUCGCUCUGUGUUUUUUUUUUUGUAUGCUCUAAUUUGUAUUUUAGGUUGUGCGCUCUUUGGAUUGCAUCUCAAUUUUGCUCACCGGAGACUCUUUGAGAUGGUCGGUGAUAGGUAGAGAAGAAGUGCAGGGUUAUGCAACCUGUGACAUUGGCUGGGUGUCAACAAUCAGAAUGGUUGUGUAAACUAUAUUCCUACUGAAUGUUGGUGUUGCCAUUAUAGAACAAA